AAUCGAUUUCGAACAGAUUUAUCGUUGUACAACAGUCGAAAACUUUAUCCAAGGAAACAGUUGACUGAAAGUGGACAUGAUUCAAGCGCACAAUGGUCGCCGAAUGGACUCUUCAUUGCAUUUUUAUCUGACAAUAACUCCACAACUGUAGAAGACACUUCUUCGAAGAUUUUCAUCUAUUCAUUAGCCACGGAUAAUGUAUCGUCUGUCACCACAAUCGGAAAAGAAGGAAUUCAUGCAUUUACAUGGGGACACGAUUCUAAUGGAUUGUACUACGCCACAAGCACACCACGCACAGAUGAACAACAAAAUGCAUAUAAAGAGGAAUGGAAAGGUGUUAUUCAAUACCGUGAAUCAGAACGAGGUGAUACGGUAUAUUACAUUGAUAUUGUUCAUAAAAAGAACUCGUCGGACAUCGUAACUGAAAUACCAUAUCGUGUACGAGAAUUAAUUGCCACUUCAAAUGGCCAUUCACUAGUAUUUGCUACUGAAUCAAAAUCUCAACGAAGAGAAAAAAUUGAUGAUUUUGAAAUUUAUUUAAUAAAUAUUUGGUCAACAAAUCAAUCGCCAAUACAGCUCACAUACAAUGAAGCAAUUGAAACAAAUUUAAAAUUAUCACAUGAUAAUAAACAUGUGUUUUUUAUCGUUUAUGGUGAAGGUUCAGUUGACGGAAAAUAUCAAGAAUAUCAAGCACGACUUUAUUCGAUCGAUAUUCAAAUGAGUUCCAUUGAACGUAUGGCUAGUGAUUUCACAGGACACAUCAUGGACUAUGCUGUUAGCAACGAUUCUAUUGGAUUAGUCAUUUUAGGACAAUUAGGAACAGAAGUGCAC